AUGACUCCUCUCCAAGAGGAGGGGCAGGAAAAGACUGUACAUCCAUUCUUUCAAAAGCCAUUGAGUAUGUCUUCUUCCGAUAACUCAUUGCAAGCGUUACAUCAUGGCGCUGAAAGGGUCAAAACUGAUCAGAUUUCAGAACCGAUUCAGUCCCAAUCAGUCCAAACCCGAACCGAAUCAGAGACUGAGAAGACAUCGGAACGAGGUCAGAGGAAGAGUGAAAGAAAAGGAAAACCACCAAUUGCGGGAACUUCAGACUCAUCUAAAAUUACAAAUGGAGAAAAAGCAGAUCUAUUGGAGAUUGAUCCAAAUGAAGGUAGGAGGAAACGUCGAAAGACAAUAUCUCCAGAGGCUGGAACAGAGGUGGAGAUAGAAGGACCGACAAACAUUACGCCUACCAAGGCACCGAAACAAUUGCGAGCAUCGAAGCGUAAACAAACUAUCCCGACCAGGCAAAAUGAUGUAGAUGCGCCCAUUCUGGCAACAUCUACAUCUCAUGGAACACUCUUCAACAUAGAAGCCUCAACACCACCCAAAAACCAUUCGAUCGCGGAACCUUCGUCUCGAAUCAAGCCCUUGGAAGAUAUUUCGGAUACCAGAGUGUUUUUGGGAUCAUCUGCGGGGGAUUCCACAAAAUCGUUCUUUGAUGAAAACCUGAAGCCUAAAAAGGUCCUACAAUUCAAUCCAAAAACUGGCACUAUAGGAUCACCCCCCAAGAAACCUGUUCCCCCGAAAAAGAAAGGAAGGGGCAAAAAGUCUGCAGCUGAUGAAAAACCAAAAUCGCACAUCAUUGUCAUUGGCUAUGGCCGUGGACAAACCCCAGCUUCUGAAACUGGUUCUAAGAUAGAGAAUAUUCUCAACGACAUUGGAAUCCUUACAUUGAACCCUGAAUUAACUUUGCCAGACGUCAAGGAUACAAAAGAGAUAAUAUCAAGGAAAGGAAAUGGCGUGAAUGUUGUCCCGUGGUGGAAGACAGCAAAGAAGAAAGCACCUGUAGAAGAAGUUCAGGAACCUUCGAAGUCACAACCAGUGGACCAAGGAAGGAGAUCUCCCUCGGGUAAACCACCAUCACCGUCAAAUAUUAUAUCCACUUUUGGUCGACCUCGUUCAAAUGAAGUCAGACAAGCCCCGCCAAUUUUUGGGGGCUUCGGAGCGGCUCCCAAAACCCCUAGAUUUCCCGGCGCCACUGAGCCAGCUUGGCCAUGGUCUGGAAUGGUACAUGUACGUGGAGAAAGAGACGAGGAAAUUUCAAGCAGUCCCUCGACCAGCACGAUGGGUGGGGUUUCUUGUAAGAAAGGAGCGAAAUAUCAAGCAGUUGGAAUCGUUAAGGAUGAGGAUAUAAUUAACAGUAUUGCGGCGGAAUUGCGAAUUGACGAUGCAAUCAAUAGCAUCCAAGACCUUCAUAUUGAUGACUUUGCUCCCGUUUCCCCUUGUAUUCGAGUACCGUCAAAACACAUCGAAACAGGUCCGGAUCUCCAGCGUCGGGUUCGAAGAGAACUUGUCUCCAAGCUGAGCAAGCCAGUUAUGUACGAAGAUUCAAGCGAUGACGAGAUUCAAAAACCGGAUACAAAUCGCUCAAAAGCUCAUCCUGCUCUUAAUAAUGUUUACAACUCAAUCGCGACUUCACUAUCAGCAUUCGAUAAGGCCGGGUGUGAGAAUCAAUCCUGGACGCAGAAGUAUGCACCUAAAAGCGCGGAGGAAAUCUUACAAGCUGGACGAGAAGCCCUUUUAUUAAAAGAGUGGUUGCAGAAAUUGACGGUGAAGUCAGUAGAAUCAGGUUCUACGGAGAGUAAAUCCACAAAGAAGUCUGCAUCAUCAAAAGCGGAAUUACUUGGAAAGAGGAAGCGAAGAUCUAAGAAGCUAGACGGUUUUGUCGUUUCAAGUGGGGAAGAGGACAACGACAUGGAUGAAAUAACAGAACCAGAAGAUGAGGAUUUGUUAGGAAGCUCGGGUCUGGCCAAGAAAACAGUCGUACGAUCUGGUGAUAUGAUUGCGAAAGGUUCUAAAGAUUCUAAGCGCCUCGCCAAUGCAGUGGUUAUGAGUGGACCACACGGAUGUGGCAAGUCUGCCACCGUCUUUGCUGUUGCAAAAGAGCUUGGAUUUGAAGUAUUUGAAAUCAACCCUAACUCUAAAAGGAGCGGGAAAGAAGUCAUGGACAAAGUUGGAGAUAUGACUCGCAAUCAUUUGGUCCAAAGAUCCAAAAUUGACACAAUACCCAUGAGUACGGAUUGUGACGAAGAACGUCUAUCUAAUACCAUAGCCGAGGAUUUGAAAAGCGGUCGUCAGGGUACCAUGAACUCAUUCUUUAAAUCCAAAGUACCAACGAAGCCGGAACCAAAGGUCAACGACGUUAAGCUAGCCGUGCCAAAACCGGAAGUCAGUAAGGACACGAUCGUACCAAAAGGGCCACCAAAGCAACAAAAGCAGUCCUUGAUAUUGCUUGAAGAAAUUGAUAUUCUAUACGAGGAGGAUAGAGGAUUUUGGCAAACGGUUAUGCUUUUAAUCGCCCAAAGCAAACGACCAAUUAUCAUGACUUGUAAUGAUGAGGCUGCGGUACCAAUACUAGCUCUAUCCUUACAUGCUAUCAUACGCUUUACUGCAGUGCCUACCGAUCUCGCCGUGGACUACAUGCUACUUGUAGCUGCUAAUGAAGGCCAUGCCAUUCGCCGCGAGGCGGUGAAGGCUUUGUAUGAGAGUCGAGGAUCGGACCUACGUGGGUCUUUGACAGAACUAGAGUUCUGGUGUCAAUUUGCUAUUGGAGAUCGGAAAGCUGGGAUGGAGUGGUUUUACCCUCGCCUGCCUUUGGGAUGCGAUCUAGAUGAACAUGGUGAAAAGUACCGCGUUGUUAGCGAGGGUACCUAUCACACUGGUAUGGGCUGGCUGUGUCAAGACACUCUUGAAAACCAGCGUCCUUACAUUAAUAUCGAGGAACAAACCUUGCAUGAAUCUUGGGAUGGUUGGGGUAUUGAUAUAGGCAAUUGGCAACGAAAUCUGGACAUUAGUACUUGGGCGAACAAGAUCAAAGAUUCUGCCGAUGACCGGGCCAGUAAACGAGCUGCUUUGGCUAUGUACGACGAUUUUGCCGAAGCUAUGAGUGCUACAGAUUGCUUCUCACAUUAUAGCUUCGGUGCAGACAACCAGGUUAUCAAUGAUGCUGGUCAUCCAAAACUGUCUAGCAAAGCGAGAGAAGACUAUACACUCGCAAAUCCAUUACUUGACGUAUCACCCCAAGCUAUCCAUGACAAAACAAGUAUCAAUAUAUCUUUAUGGAUGAAGUCUCGAGCUAGGGAAGUUCUCCAAAUUCGUCAACAUGUCGAACAUGGUUGGGAAAUCCAUCGAGGACUUGAUGGGCCGACCGAGAAACAAGUUCUAAACCUCAUCCGAUCUCAGUCAUGUCCCGAUAGUAAUAUUAUCACUCGCCGUGAUUUCAGCCUGGCAUUUGAUCCUAUUGCAGAGGCCGAAAAGGCAUAUGUUUGGACUACCGGAAACCUUGAAGCAUCGUGCUUUGAUCGAACCAUGAAUCUCAUUGUACUCGAUGUCGCUCCUUAUGUCAGAUCUAUCGUAUCCUACGAUGCGCGUCUACAGAAAGAUCGAGUUCGCCUCAGCAAUCUUCUCAGUCAAGGUGGAAAUACAAAGGAACCGAAAGUCAAGAAGAUGAGAACAACUCGAGCAGCUAUGUCAGCCCUCGAAGGAGGUACAAGGAGUACGACCAGGAAGGAAAAAUAUUUCAGUCAGGAUAUCAAUCCAUAUCUAGUCCUCAGGACUGGUUCACAGAGCUGGUUGGAUGCAGCCAUAUCUACCACAGCAGGGACGGAUGAAGGAAGUCGAAGAUCGAGUAUACAGAUGUCGGAUGGAAAUAUGGAUAUUGAGAGUGGACAAGAUGAACUUAUAAACUAG